GUGGACUUUGUGCCGUACUGGGAAGCGCAGGACAAGAAGCUGAUUUCCAGCACCUCUGAUAAAAUCCUUGUCAUGGUCGACAACACCACAGUGCUCGAAGGAAAGGCUGGGCGACCUGCGGUGAGAAUCGAAUCCAAGAAAAGCUACAAUGGUGGCCUGUUUGUAUUGAAACUGGACCAUGUUCCAACAGCUUGCGGAGCUUGGCCGGCCUUUUGGAUGUUUGGAGAUGAUGCGCAGCACUCAUGGCCACGUUGGGGAGAGUUCGACAUUCUAGAGUCGAUUCAUAUGCUGGACUACGCUACCACAACUCUGCACACGCGUGAAAGCUGCGACCAGCGAGCCGUAAAUGAAGGCAUUGACUUCGUUGGCCAGGGCUGGGCAGCUGGCACAGACGGCAACCAGAAGGCUAAGAACUGUUGGGUGAAAGCUCCCCAACAGUAUGACAAUCAAGGGUGUGGACAGAAGCUUCCGAAAGGCUCCUUUGGCCCGGCCUUCAAUCGAGCAGGAGGUGGUACCUUCAUUGCAGAGUGGGAUCCAAUUGUGAACAAGCGGCUCCGCACCUGGUUCUUCCCCGCCGGGGAGGAGCCGGAGAUUGGCGAUCACCCCGAACCGGAUCUUUGGGGCGUGCCCAACUCUUUCUUCACCUUGAACGAACGGUGGUGCACGGCAGCCCACUUCAAGAACAUGCGUAUGGUUUUCGACACCACCUUUUGUGGCGACUAUGCUGGUGCUUCCUUUAAUGGCUACUGUGGAUGGACUCAUAUGCAAUGCGAAGAUUAUGUUCGCUCCAAACCAAGUGCUUUUAGCAUGGGUGGGUGGAUAAACGAGCUUGAGGAUGUGUACCAAAAUGAUGCAGUCUCGUUCUCAGUGAGAUUCACGAACUUUGAAGCACGGCACCAUUGGACCAAAUACUGUACAUGUGUUUGA